UGUGAAGAUGAAGGGCUAUAUUUUGCUGUGUUUAAUAUUUCUGCUCCCUGUCACAGUUAUUGGACAAGGUACUACACCAGAUCUGACAACAUCGUGUGUAGGAGUAAAGGACUUUGAAGUGUGCAGGAUACAUAUAUCACCUAAAUGCAGUGACAAUAGCAAAUGCUACUGUAAGGACGAUAAAGCAUUUUGUAGGUGUAACAACUACAUAAACAUGUGGUACAUAGGGGAGAACUGUGACUUUGAGUGGACAAUAUUGACAUUCGCCCUGGUAGCAACUCUACCAGGAUUGGCCUUGGCUGCUAUUGUUGGUGUGAUGGUCCAGUGUGUCCAUUACUCAAGGAAACCAGCCGAGAAACAAAAGGAUCAGACAGAGGGUUACACAAAUAAUGCAAUGUCACCAACAACAUAUGAUGAAAAUAAUCAAGAUUACAUGUUCUCCAACACUAAUCGGCUAAAGCCCCCCAGUUUCCAGCCCACCCUGGAGAGGUUUCCCAUGGCCAAUUUACACAACCACCCUUACAGCCCCCAACCAAACGGCAUGCGGCCCACUUUAGAUAGAUCGUCUUUGACAAACCCUACAAGCCAGCCGUACAGCUCUUCACCAAACAACAUUCAUCCCUCUUUAGAUAGAUCGUCUUUGGCCAUCCCUCCAAGCCAGCCAUACAGCUAUGCUACAGGGAUGACCCAGCCCCUGGGUAACGCCUACCCCAAGUCUCCAUCGCCAAGGAACCCCUAUGAAGACAGAGCGCCACCUCCAGACUGUUAUGACGACCAGCACAUGAGACCAACACAGCCCCCACCAGGACACAAUGGCAUGAUGAGAGAAGGCAUGUAUGGGUAUCCUGUGGCCAGUUCCCCUGCUCCCCUCUACUCAGCUCCGGAGUACAACCCCAGUUCCCAGUUUCCCCGAGCCCAUUUGGAGAGACUCUGAGGACAAACAGUGGGACCCUGGACUGAACUAGGAAGGAAGUGGAGCUCCACCAAUUUCACUAUUACAAUGACCAAAAUUGAACUCACAUCUAAUUUAAAGUGAGCGGAAUAGCUCAACAUUCAAGGCCUUUGUAAACGUUCAUUUAACAUAGUAAAAAAUUGAAAUUUAAAGGCAAUGUUCCCACAUUCACAGAGAAUGCAUUCAAGGUAAACGCUGCAUAUGUCGGCUCAAUCGGAAAUUACCGUUAAAUGUUAAUCACGCAUUAAGACGGAUAUUCUGCACUACGGAUUUAAUCUAGGCCUAAGUAACAGGUUUGGGGCCAAUUCCAAUUUAAUUUGAAAUUCCAAUUCGAUUGUUGAAUUCACUCAUUAACUGGAGAAUUUACAUUGUUUAAAUUCUAAUUGAAUUCAAUCUUCAAGUUAUGGAAUUGGACUGUGAAUUGCAAUUGUAAAAAUAAAAAAAUAAAGUUUUUUUAAUGUU